AUGGCGGCAUCAUCCAGGUCUACUGGGUCUGAAAAGCCAGGCCCGAGACGCACCGGCAUCCUGGCAGGGCGCCGCAACCCUCCCAUGCUGCGCAUGGUGCUGGAGGCGCUGGAGACACGGGAGCAGGGCCGGGGCAUGUCGGUGGUGGCCAUCAAACUCUUCAUCCUGCACAAAUACCCAACGGUGGACGUCAUCCGCUUCAAGUACCUGCUGAAGCAGGCCCUGGCCACGGGCCUGAGCCGUGGCCUCCUUACCAGGCCCCUCAACUCCAAGGCCAAGGGGGCCACCGGCAGUUUCAAACUAGCUCCCAAGCACAAGAGGAAAAGCCAGCCCAGGAAGACGGCCACCCCGGGGGCCCCCAGGAAAGCUGGCAAAGCCAAGGAGAGGGGCCCCAAGAAACAAGGCAAGGCCAAGCAGGACCCUCCCAACUCGGACGAGGUGGAAAAGAAGCCGGGAGAGGUGAAGAAGGCUCCUCCCAAACAAGCUGCAGCCAAGAAAGGCAGUGAGGCCAAGGGUGGCGAGGCAAAACCGGGUGGGGCUAGGAAGGCCCCCCCCAAGGCAGACAAAGCCCAGGCCCCUUCCAGUGCCAAUGGGCUCCGUGGGAAGUCGAAGGUCAAAGGCAGCAGGAGCAGCCGAGGAGAUGCUGAGGCCCCCAGGAAAACCAAAGCCAGGAGUAACAGCUCACAGCCCAUGGCCAACAAGAUCAAGAAUGGUGCUGCUUCCCUGACCAAAAAGAAGGUGGUGGCCAAGGCCAAGGCCCCUAAAGAGGCAGUCACCCAGGGUACCAGGGAAGGGCCAAACCCCAAGGGAGCUUCUCCUGUUAAGAAUGGUGGGUCUAAAACAGUGCCAGCACACUUGGCCAAGGAGACGGAGGCCCCCAAGCGCCCAAGAAAGCUUGGACUGUGUGUCAAGACCUGACCAUCUGCGGUGUCCAGCCAGGGGAACUGA